AUGCGUCCCACAACUAUCGUCAGGAGCGGCAUGCCCACCGGCAAGACCUGGUCGGGCUGGUGGGGUGACAUGAAGGGCCCCAAGCAGAAGGGCAUCUACACCUACUCCGUCUCGCCCUUCGCCCAGAAGCCCAUGAAGGGCGCCCUCAACGGCUACAUCUUCUGGGGCUUCCGCCGCAUCGCCCAGCAGGUCCCCUACUUCAUUGUCCCCUUCGCGACCGGCUACGCUGUGUACAUCUGGGGCUACAACAAGUACGCCUACUACAACUCCAAGGAGGGCCACCACGCCAUCCACGAGGCUGAGCACGCCGGCCACUAA